AUGGAGGUAGAUGAACUUGAAAGGCCUGUUGAGCCCGUGUGUCCGAUACAGCAUGAGAACCAAGUAGCGGUACCUGUGGAAGUCAAACAGCCGGUGGUAGUUUGGGGUGAAGAGCGGGUCGGCAACACUCUGUGGUGUCAGUGUGGCUGUUGUGUGGCGAUGCCCACUAUGAAACUUAAGAAGUCAAAAUUCCUGUGCCAAGUUCUUAUUAACUACAGAGGAGCAACAGAAAACACCCUGCAGGGAAAUAAAGAGCAGCCCCUGUGUGUUAUACCUGUGGUCACCUCCAGUAAGGAAGAGGAGAGGCUCAUCCAGUCUUCUACCAAGCCUGUGGUGAAGCUGGUGUACAACAGAAGCAAUAACAAGUACUCCUACACCAGUAACUCAGACGACAACCUGUUGAAGAACAUAGAGCUGUUCGACAGGCUGUCUCUUAGCUUCAACGGCCGCGUCCUCUUCAUCAAAGACGUGAUAGGAGACGAAAUCUGCUGCUGGUCCUUUUAUGGUCAGGGUCGCAAGCUGGCUGAGGUCUGCUGCACCUCCAUCGUCUAUGCCACAGAGAAGAAGCAGACCAAGGUGGAGUUUCCUGAAGCUCGCAUCUAUGAGGAAACUCUGAACACCUUGCUUUACGAGACAAUGCCACUGCCCGACAACUCCCUGCUGGAGGCCACGCGUCGGAGCUAUACUAACUGCGGCUCUCACAGCGAGGAAGAGGAGGGGCCUGGAGGAGCUGAGCUUCGCGAGCGUGUCCGUCGAAUACACGUCAAGAGGUACAGCACGUAUGACGACCGGCCACUGGGACACUGAGACUGAAACCACAAACCACUGGCCAGAUUUCAGUUUUUCACAUCAUGAUGAUGAUGAACAUUCAAAUGUGAAAUCUGUUGAUGCUCAUAAGUUUCUCUUUUGGAUUGUUUUAGUAUCUUACUUUCAUUACCACUAUCAAAAAAGUCCAUAUUGUGGCCAUGGUCUAAUUACAUGUGACUUUUUACUCUAGAUAGUUGCGGUGUUGUCCGUGCUGUCCAUCAUAAUUUAUGAAUUACUAUCAGAGGAGGCUGAGUAACUACUUUGAAUAUCUAGAGAACUGUAGGUUUUUUAUUAAAUGUAGAUUAGUAGUGGAGGAAAAAUCACUAAUAAGCACUACAAUCCUAGCACUUAAACUCUGAUCCAGCAGGAGAGCAUGUUUCAUAUUUAUAAAUUGUAUUUUUCAUAUACACACUUGCAGAAGCCUGUUUGCCAAAGAUCAACCUGUUUUUCUAUAAUUAGUAUACCUUAGUAUGUUGUAAUGCAGUUUUCCAUAAUGCCUUUUUUCCCAGUUGUGAAGAUAAAAGUUCUUGUUAUUCAAC